AAUAGCCGCCAUUUUGUCUCUUCAUUCAAGCUUGAGGAUUUUCUUCUCUAUUUUAAAUUAAAAAUGUCCUCAAUGGAUACUUCUAUGGCCUUUAAGACUUGGGAAAUGUCCAAUAACAUGGAAACAAUUAACAGCGUAGAUGAAAUUUUUAAGUAUGACCGCCAGCAACAGCAAGAAAUUCUGCAAGCAAAACCAUGGCAGAAAGACCCUCACUACUUCAAGUACAUUAAAAUUUCAGCGCUGGCCUUGUUGAAAAUGGUGAUGCAUGCCAGGUCAGGGGGUACAUUGGAAGUCAUGGGACUAAUGUUGGGCAAAGUUGAUGGCAACACCAUGAUUGUCAUGGAUGCAUUUGCUUUACCAGUUGAAGGAACAGAGACAAGAGUCAAUGCACAAGCUGCAGCUUAUGAAUACAUGGCAGAAUACAUUGAGUCAUCUAAAUUGGUUGGUCGUCUGGAGAAUGCCAUUGGUUGGUAUCAUAGUCACCCUGGCUAUGGUUGUUGGCUGUCAGGAAUUGAUGUUGGUACACAGAUGGUGAAUCAACAGUUCCAGGAACCUUUUGUUGCUAUUGUGAUUGAUCCCACACGAACUAUUUCAGCUGGAAAGGUAAAUUUAGGAGCAUUCCGCACAUAUCCCAAGGGAUACAAGCCACCAGAUGAAGGACCUUCUGAAUAUCAGACUAUUCCUUUGAACAAGAUAGAAGACUUUGGAGUCCAUUGCAAACAAUAUUAUUCAUUGGAGGUUGCAUAUUUCAAAUCAGCAUUAGAUAGAAAGCUUCUUGAGAUGUUGUGGAAUAAAUACUGGGUAAAUACACUGUCAUCUUCAAGUCUACUUACGAAUGCAGACUAUACCAACCAUCAAAUAGCAGAUCUCUCUGAAAAACUAGAACAAGCUGAAUCUCAAGUAGGUCGCAUGGGGAGUUUCAUGAUUGGUAUGGAUCAAGACAAAAAGGAGGAAGGAAAGUUGGCAAAAACCACUAGAGAUAGCUCCAAAACAUCCAUUGAGGCUAUACAUGGUCUCAUGUCCCAAGUCAUUAAGAAUAAACUCUUCAAUCAAGUGGGUGGAAAGGAGUCAACUUAAAUUCCAAGUAAAUUUGUUGCUAAGAUUUCAAUGUCCUUUGCUCACACUAAGAUUGUUACAGAAAAUCUUGAAGAAAAUGUAAAUAUAUUUGUAGAAUAAAGUGUUAAGUUUGUACCAUG